AUGAGACUGGAGGAUUUCAGAAUCAUGAGCGGUGACGACGGCAUCAAAUUCGUUGAGUUUGCAGAAGGGCCUACGAAAACAAGACCUGGAGGUUUGAGUGCAAAGCCAAGACAGUUCCAGCCCCAAAUGUUUCAGACCGGGGAAGGAAAAUGUCCAGUUGCUUUAUUUCGUCAGUACAUUAGCCGUAGACCUCCCAAUCUGAGGACGAGUGGUCCAUUUUAUCUCUCGAUAAAGUAUAACAGACGAGCCGACGACGAAAUUUGGUACAAAGUACAGCCCAUGGGGGAAAAUAAAAUCAACUCCAUGAUGAAGACCAUCAUAUCCGGAACCAGCCUUGAGACAUCUGAGAAGCGGUUUUCCAAUCACAGUGCCCGUAAAACGGUAGUCAGCAAAGUGAAGAAGGCGAAUCUCGAAAGGUCGGAAAUUGCAAAAGACACUGGUCACAGAAAUAUCCAAUCUUUAGAUGACUACGAUGAAGCAGACGAAGACGAACAGCGACAGCUUUCGUGGGCCAUCUCACGAAAGAACAGCACACCGAAGCCAGCGGGUAAUACACCUGGUCCUUGUACUUCAAGUGCAGUAAUUCCUCAUAAGAUGAGUUCACAAGCGCAGAAUGUAAUGAAUUCCUUCACCAACUGCAAUGUAACAUUCAACCUCAACAACAAGACUUCGCCUACCAUUCGAACUUGCAAACGGCGAUUGCGUUUCAUCGAAAGUAACUCCGAUACAGAUUGA